UUAGCCUGCCCCACACAUCGUGAGUGUAGAACUCCACCGUAUGAGCGUUAGCGAUGCUCAGCGCUAUUGACAGAAACCGCCUUACUUCGUCUAUCCGUGCCCGAAUAUCUGAGGGAGAAUCCUUCAAAGAAGACAUUGAAACUCUUCAAAGAGGGCACUUGAAGAGUACUUGAUAUUAGCGCACGAACGGUGUGUGCCACAAGCCCAAAGCAGUUUCAGACAUGAGCAGUUGAAAAAGGAACCGAUGGAUCCAGGUGGACGAGCCCACGUCAGUUUAGUUGUCUGAAGUUGAUUUUAAUGUCUGGCUUGGUUUGCAUACGUCAUCAACCUGCGUCGGAAAAAUAGAUGCAUGCUGGUGUAGCGUGGAAAUAGUAAACAAUAUUUGAUCAUAUCUGGAAUGACUUCACUGCGCUAGAGACAAGACAAGAUGAAUCGAGGGAACUUUGCGGGGAGAGCUGGUAACAACAGAGGUGGUCCCACGAACAGAGGGGGUCCCACCAACAGAGGUGGUCCCACUUACAGAGGGGGUUCCACUAACAGAGGAGCUGGUGGUCCCACUUACAGAGGAGCUGGUGGUCCGACUUAUAGAGGGGGUCCCACAAACCGUGGUGGUCCGACUUACAGAGGGGGUCCCACAAACCGAGGUGGUCCGACUUACAGAGGUGGUCUCACAAACCGUGGUGGUCCGACUUACAGAGGGGGUCCCACAAACCGAGGUGGUCCCAACAAGAGGAAAUGGGUCCAGGACAACAAGACAUUCGAGGGGAGCUUGAGUGAAGGUCAAGGGUUUGCUUUUAGGCUUAAGCAAAAAGUCCAACAUGAGUACAACAAACUUCUGACGAAGGAGAGGAGGAAAAAGCUUCAACCCAAAUCCCAGCUCAAGGAGGAAUACCCCGAGCAUCUCAGACAUCUGUACGAGGCCGAAAGCACCAAGCUGAAAAACGAAGCUCUUACAAAUAGAUCCAAAAGAUCUCUUGCCCGAUUCAGUGUUCAGUCAGAGACGCAAGACACAGACAGCCCUGUUGUGAAGGAGGCUGACACGCAACAAGCAGCCAGCACAGAAUCCACCGCUGGGAGCGGAGCUGUUACCGACCAGGGAGACGGCACAGCCGUGAAGGCUGAAGCGCCAGCGCUGAAGGCUGAAGCGCCAGCGGCCACAGAGGAACAAAAGGAGGACUCUCCGGAGCCGGCCAAACCGCUGCCCGUUAUUCCCAUGAGCAACCGCAUGAAGAGGAAACUGACGAGGAAGUCCUCCUACCAGGUCGCACAAGAGGAGUUUCAGGAGGCCAAUGAAAAGAGAAAGAAGAAGAAUGAGGAGUUUCUGACGAACAAGCAGAAGAAAGAGACUGCCAUCCAGAAAUACAAGGACAAGAAGAAAGAGAUGUUUCAGGUUUUGAGCAAAAAGACCAAGAAAGGACAGCCCAACCUCAACCUGCAGAUGGAGUACCUGCUCCAGAAGAUCCAAGGACCUCAGAAGUGACCCCAGGACCGGAAGGAGGAUUUAAUUUCUGGACUGUCGUCCUCUCCUGUUCUAUAACAAUGUGUCGAUCAAUAGUUGAUUCUGUUCACAAUUCGAGUGAGCAGUCUGAGUUGCAUCUGAGAGGGGCAUUUAUGUUAUCCUCAUUGACCUGAAUAAAUGCAUUUGGGCGUUGGAUUCUAGGCAACAACACUUCGUCCAAAUGAUGGUGUAUUUUAAAUUGUCUACCACAAGAUGGCGUGUGACAACAGGGAGUCACGAGUGUCCGAGGAAACUUCAACAGUGAAGUGUCGGGUCAGUCCCCCCAAACCUGAAGUUCAAAAUCCUAUUUUUCGGAUUGCCCUGCUGUUUUUUUUAAAACGUUUUUUAAUUAUUACUUUGGAGCUUGAAAUGUUUUUGAAAAAAAGAUGACUUGUAAUGACUAAUAAAUAUAUAUCAUCCUUUA